GCGCGCGCACCGCCAGAUCUUUGGUCAGACCUGCGGGAGUGGGGACUGGGCGGGCGGAGGCCGGGCUGCUGAGGUACUUAGGGGAGGAGCCCGAGCCGUCGUUGCCGAAGGAGAGGAGCAUGUCUGCAACUCGAGCCAAGAAAGUGAAGAUGGCCACCAAAUCAUGCCCCGAGUGCGACCAACAGGUUCCUGUUGCAUGUAAAUCAUGUCCCUGUGGUUACAUAUUUAUUAGCAGAAAACUUUUAAAUGCCAAACACUCAGAGAAAUCACCAUCUUCUACAGAGAAACAGGAAAAGGAAAUUGACAUCUAUGCUAACCUCUCUGAUGAAAAGGCUUUCGUGUUUUCAGUCGCCUUGGCAGAAAUAAAUAGAAAGAUUAUCAAUCAAAGACUUAUUCUCUGAUACUUGUCUGCACAAUCUGUUGAAACUUUCUUCAGGAUUACAUCAGCAAAUUGUCAAACAGUUGUGGACUCUCAGGAGCAUUCUGACUGCAUCAAUAAGGGCCAUUGAUUUU